UGAAUUGCCAACAGCAGAAGCGAUUAAAGAAAUUUUUGACUAUGCUGCCAAUGAAGAGAAAAGAAAAAACAUUCAUACUUUCUGUGAAGCAUUUGUUCGAGAUCUGGGAAUCACCCAUUAUGUUAACUCUAUAGAGUUGGGUGCCAUGAAGUACAAUGCAGCCACUAUCAGUUUCAGGGAAGAAAAGUUAGGAGGAGGGGCUGAAGUCGGAGCAGGGAAAUAUGCGCAGGGUGGUCUGUCUAGAUUUACCGAGAAGCUAAAGUUUCAAAGCCAUAAAGAGGAGACGUCAAUAGGAAAAAUUAUUGAAGGAGUGGUUGUAAAAGAAAAUGAGGCGUCAUUGGAUUCCAAAUACAACCAAUUUAUAGCCUGACACCUAUCCCUUACCUGCAAUCUGCACUGACGAGGGCAGUGAAGGAGUACAUACAACGGAAGGAAGAUCCAAUUGAGGGGCCUUUUCUCAUUUCCUGCAGCAUAACCACAGCUAAGGACAAGGGGAAGAAGGAAACAGGUGACAUUGACUACUUAAGCAAAACAAAACUGACAAUGACACUCAAGGAAGUCUAAAAAGAUAUACGGCAUCUACUCAAACAAAAAACCAGAAAGCAAUCAGAAAGGAGAGAGAUGUUUACUGGUGUGUUGACAAGGAAGAUAACACUGUGCGUGGUACAACUAGUCCAGCAGAUGCAUCUCCAUUCCACGUCAUUCCAACUGGAGACUCGACAAAUCCCUCUGAGUUCUUCCUUGUGCAUUGGCAAGGAAAUUGACAGCUGUUAACAAACUUGAAUGACAUCCUAGCGAGAUCACGAGCUAAUCUACCACUUUAUCUUACCACCAAUACUGGCAUCUUUGGUCAAAGCGAUGGUCCUUUGCAGCUGAAGUCAACUGUUGUCGCAAACAAAGCAAGGUUCUGCCUUUACAGUCGAGUGCAAUCUACGUUUGCUGGCAUGAUGUGUCUCUCCACACCGGUUAGUCUGAGCGAUUGGAUCGAGGGAGAACAAUUUUUCAUUAGCUGCAGUCAUCGUGCUUUCAAGAUUGAUGGAUACGUUGCCAUGAGCAUGUUAGAUCAGGAGGAUGAAGGGCAAAUGGCAUACAAGACAGUCACUCUGCCAUCCAUUAGUGACCCUAGCUCAAGCACGCAAGGAAUGCUGUUUCAACUACAGCGUCCUGAAAAGAUCAGAAUAUCUAAAAAAGAGACCAGCAAAACUGUCAACCCCACCGAUGAUAAAGCAGAUUUGAUUGCGGACGACUACACUAACAGUGAGCAACAACCUCCUCAAGCUACUCCAGCUGUCCAUAUACGAGAGUCCUUCACUAUGGCAGGUCAAUACCGUAUGCUGUUCAAUGAUGACGAUGACGAUGAGCCGGAGAUCAAAGAAGAGGCCAGCAAAAAUGUCAACCCCACUGAUGAUAAAGCAGAUUUGUUUGCGGACGACUACACUGACGGUGAGCAACAACCUCCUCAAGCUACUCUAAAAAUCUCAGCUCUCCAUACACGAGAGUCCUUCACCAUGGCAGGUCAAUACCGUAUGCUGUUUGAUGAUGACGAUGACAAUGAGCCGGACAGUUGA